UGGUCUGCAGAAUCUCAGGCGGGCGGCCGCCAUGGAGGGGCUGCGUCGCGGGCUGUCGCGCUGGAAGCGCUACCACAUCAAGGUGCACUUGGCCGACGAGGCGUUGCUGCUUCCACUGACCGUACGGCCCCGCGACACGCUGAGCGACCUGCGCGCGCAGCUAGUGGGCCAGGGCGUGAGCUCGUGGCGCAGAACCUUCUACUACAACGCUAGGCCGCUGCCAGACCACCAGACGGUGCGCGAGGCUCGCUUACAGGACGGCUCGGUCUUGCUGCUGCUCAGUGACCCCAGUAGGCGCUGGAGGAGAUGGAGCCAUGAUUUUGGGGAUGCAAGGUGCUGGCUGAUGGAGCAGGUUGGCCCAGUGGGCACCACACCUCUCUCUUCCUGGGAGCCCAGCCUUAUUCCAGGUGCUGGACUCCCAGGUAGAUGCGACACUCUGGUCCUGCUGAUGCCCACUGCUUCCCAGAUGCUGUCAUUCAACCCUCCAGCAAGGAGCCUUAUGGUUUUUCCGUGGCCUUGGGAACCUCCCUGGGAGCCUCCACAACCUGGAUCUUCUACUGUCUUCUCAUCUAGGAAACCUUCCAGUCAACAUGCACAGAUCCUUGCCCACAGGGCCCCAGUUGUGAACAGCCCUGGUUCCAGGAUCUGCUGGGACGCUAAGACUGACUUGGGGGUCCCUGGUGAGCCCACGCAUAUGCAAAAUGAGCUGAAGUAUGCUGUGGAUUCUGCUGUGUAGCCCCAGUGUUGGGGUGCUGUACUGGGCCUUUGUGUGCCCCCUGGUGCUUUGUAAUGAACCCAGAACCCAGAAGGAAAUAACGUUUUAAUUAAGAGUUGUACAGGCCUCAGGAUGCAGAGCCCGGCAGGUGGGGAUUGGAUCUUGGCCUUGGGGAGUUGGAUUGCUGGGCAUGUGCAACUGUGCCAGGCCCUGGGGGUCUGGGUCCUCUGCCUCCACAGUCUCCAUUGCUCAGCUGUGGGGGAAACUGCCAUCCCUGUGGAGUUCCUUGGCCCUAGCCAUGUGGAGAGCUGGUGGGAGGGGGCUAGAAUUGGAGGGGGACAAGAGAAAGCAUUUUGACAUUUAACAAACACUAUGCAAAUUGAAUGCAAAUCACCCCUCAUUCCUUAAGCUGUCAGCCCUAGCCUGUUCAGAAAUAAUAAUGUAGGGGCUGUCCCCUGGUGCCCGGCAGUCCAGUGCCCUUCCCUCCCCAGCCCUCCUUCCCUUUCAGUCCUUGAUCCGAGGCCUCCCAGCCUGAAGUGGAUGUAAACACCAUGAUUGGGCCGCCUGUAUCCUGUUUGUAGAACCAAGGCCCCAGAGUCUGUGUGUCAUUUCUUGUCCCCCCCCCCCACCCCAUCAGGCCUGAGGUCCCAAAGCCACGGUAUGGAAUGCAAGUGCCCUCUCUCCAACAGUCAUCGGAAGCUGCCACAGUGGAUAGAACUUGUGACCCACAGAGAAAAGUGACAG